GGAGGAGGCGGGGCCGGUGGCCACGGUUGCCUGGCGAGCGCGGUUGGUGCUGUUCUUGGGAUGCUAGGGGCGCCAGGUUGUUUCCUCCGGACCCGGGGUGGGCUGAAGGGCUGGAUCCGGAGCGUGAGCCGCGACCUUUCGCGUGCACCUUGUAGGGCUGCCGUCUGGGGCCUUGUGCCGGGCGGUCUGGAGCCUUCCUGCUCCUCCCAUCCUCAGCGCCUGAUACUCGCCCUCGGCCCAGCCCGGGAGGCCCAGGCCCGGUCUGACCCCCUCCCCACCGCGGCCACAGGCCCUUGAGAUCAGCCCUCCCCACUUUCCCGGCCCAGGCCGGCCCUGAGCCCCCCCGCGAAGCCCACCCACCAACGCCUGUAGCAGCCGCGCUUGCCUCUGGUCCGUGGUAGUGUCGGUUACCAUGGUGAAGCUGGCGGCCAAGUGCAUCCUGGCAGGAGACCCGACGGUGGGCAAGACCGCCCUGGCUCAGAUCUUCCGCAGCGAUGGGGCCCACUUCCAGAAGAACUACACCCUGACAACAGGGGUGGAUUUGGUGGUGAAGACGGUGCCGGUUCCCGACACGGGCGACAGUGUGGAACUCUUCAUUUUCGACUCUGCCGGCAAGGAGCUGUUUUCUGAAAUGCUGGAUAAAUUGUGGGAGAGUCCCAACGUCUUAUGCCUCGUCUACGACGUGACCAGCGAGCAGUCCUUCAACAGCUGCGCCAAGUGGCUGGAGAAGGCCCGGGCACAGAUCCCAGGCUCCUCCCUCCCAGGUGUUCUAGUGGGGAACAAGGCAGACCUGGCCGGCAGGCGAGUGGUGGACUCAGCUCAGGCCCAGGCGUGGGCGCUGGGCCAAGGCCUGGAGUACUUUGAAACCUCCGUGAAGGAGAUGGAGAACUACGAAGCCCCUUUCGUCUGUCUGGCCAAGCAGUUCCACCACCUGUACCAGGAGAAGGUGGAAGUUUUCCAGGCGUUGGUGUGAAGGGGCGAGGGGCCUGUCCCUCUCGAGGGAGCAGGGAGCGCCGCGCACCUGGCAGUGGGCUCCGUCUCCUUGGAAGAGGAGAGAAGAUGGAAUUGCCUCUGCACUCCCCAUAUAUCAUGACGGCUCUAAAUAAAAUUAGGAGACAAUGUAGAA